AUGAAUAACAAAGGAAACCCCAAAGAUCAGUACCAAGAAGGCAAACCCCAGCCCUCAUCAGAGGCUGUGAAGGCAGAGGAAGCCGGCAGGUGGACUCCGAAAGCUCUCACAGGAGCUGAGCCUCUUCCUGUGUUGGCCACACACCAGCACAGCCCGUGGAGGAGUUUCUGCAUCUUCUUCUUCCUCUUCCCUCCCAUUCCCAGCACUGUCUGGCCUGGCAAGAUGAAGAAGUGGAAGAGGAUCACCAUCCUUGCCACCCUGCAGGCCCAGCUCCCAGCCACAGAUGCUGCAUCAAUUCUCGGCCUCACAGAUCCCAGGCUCUGCUACAUGCUGGAUGGAUUCCUCUUCAUUUAUGCAGUGGUCAUGACAGCCCUUUUUGUGAAGGCAAAGCUCAGCCAGGCCUCUGAGCCCCAGCUGCGAGCAGGCCAGGAUGACGUGUACAACAAACUCUCCCGCGGGCACAGAGACGAUUACGAUGUUCUGGGAGGAAAGCGAGGAGCAGACCCCGAGCUGGGCGGGAGACACCAGCAGAGGAGAAAGAACCCUCAGGACACUGUCUACACUUCACUGCAGAAGGACAAGAUGGGUGAGGCAUACAGUGAGAUUGGAAUGAAGGGAGAGCAGCAGAGGCGGCGAGGCAAAGGCAAUGAAGGUCUCUACCAGGGGCUCAGUGCAGCAACCAAGGACACCUAUGAUGCUCUCCAAAUGCAACCUUUGCCCCCUCGCUAGGUGGGAGCCUCAGAGGGGAUGGGCAAGAGUGAGAGAUGCCCACCUGCUUUGGGGAGGAGAGGGGGGAAAGCCUUUUUCAUCCAGCACAAGCACUGUGUGUUUCCUGUGUGCAAGAACCUCCUUGGGUUGGUGCACAGAACCUGGACCUGGCCUUUCCUUCUCUCUCUGCUCCUGAAUUAUGUAAUUGCUUCUGCUAUUAGAAUGUACAUAUCUGUAAAGUUGUUUCCAAUUAUAGGGGUAUUAGGCUGAUUUUUUUUUGGUCAGGUUUGUGUUGUGGGGACCAGACCACACCUUCUAAUAAUCACAGCUAUUUCCAUAAGUCUUCCUUGUCUUCCAGAUUAUUAAGACAUGGAAUUAUGGCUUUAGUGCAUUUAAAUAAUUUGCAAAGAUUUACUGUAUUUACUUCCUGUAGUAUUUAUCUUAAGACUAUUUCACCCUUUUUGCUUUAAAUUUGCCUUUAAAAAACUGCCUCAGUGGAGGGCAACUUUUUUUCUUUAAUUAUAAAGAGUGACAUGAUGUUACCAUAGUGAAGCAGAGAGGCUGAAUGCCAGCUUUCCAGAAGGAAGAAUAUGAGCACCAAUAUCCAAAAAAAGAUCAAGCAAUAGCACUGCCACUCAUCCAUAAAUAUGAGCCAGGUAAGCUGAGAGACUCCUCUGAAGGCAGAAAAACAAAGAAAACAAGGAGAUGGGUUCCCCUAUUAUCACUUCCAGACAACAAACUGUACAAGAGCCAACAUAAAUGCAAUUUCCAGCCCAGUCUCUCAUGAGGCUGCCACUAAAAGGUGCAGGUAUCACUCCAAGGAGGAACCAGCUCAAUAGUGUCAUGUGUUUUUGAUGAAUUAAUAAAACAGUGCCACAGUCCCAUGUGUGUGUAGGGAGCAGCAGUGGGAAUGGCACAAACUCCUUACCUGAGGUAUUCAGCCUGUCUGCAGCAGCCUGCACCCAGCAGCACCAUCUCCCAGGGAAGCUGAGGACAGGAUUCCAGCUGGAGCUCCUACACACAUCCCAGAAGCUGGGAUGGGCUGUUGGGAAAAUGCCCCAAAGCCAGGUAUCAAAGGGACACUCACCUCCUGCUGCUGCAGCCUCAGUUUUGCCUGUGCCUCACUGCACAGGGAAGGCUGGAGGAAUUCAGCAAGGACAAAUCCAGCCCAGCAACAUCAGGGGUGCUUCACCUCGACUCAGGAGCUGACUAAGCCAUCUCACCAAUCCUCACAGAAGAAGGCUGUGGGAACAAGAGCUGCUGUUCUGGGUGCUGGCCAAAUGGUUAUGUCUUCUUUCCAGGGAUUGGGUGGGUUAGCAGCAGAAAAAACUUGCUGAAAUGGGUGCUAUGCAAGUUCCAAGGCAGUUUUACUUCUUUAAGCAGUAAAACUGUAUCUGCAGUAGGUGCUUGUAGCUUUUAAAGAAUAUUUGCAAUAAAUUAAAG